UGUCAUUAGCCUCUAGCACAGUGGGAUUGGCUGGACAGGUUGUUCACACGGAAACCACAGAGGUUGUGCUGACAGCAGAUCCUGUCACAGGGUUUGGAAUCCAACUGCAGGGCAGCGUGUUUGCUACAGAGACACUCUCUUCCCCUCCUCUGAUUUCCUAUAUUGAAGCUGACAGCCCAGCAGAGAGAUGUGGGGUGCUACAGAUUGGAGACAGAGUGAUGGCCGUGAAUGGAAUUCCAACUGAAGACAGCACCUUCGAGGAGGCCAAUCAGCUCCUCCGAGACUCUUCCAUUACAAACAAAGUCACGCUGGAAAUCGAGUUUGAUGUUGCAGGUACAGUCUGAAUCUCCAGUCAGUGGUAGUCAGGAGAGGGCUGCAUAUGAAUUACGCUGGUUAUUUGGAAGAAAGGGACUGUGUUUUUAUACACUGAACUUGUUUUUGU